UUAAUCUUCAGCCGUUGGAUUCAUUAGCGGUUUACGGUCACAAAGUCGUGGGCCCAAUUAUCUUCCAGGCUGAUAAGAUUUCCGAAACGUUAUCAUCAGCCGUUGGAUUCCUCAAGUGGCCCACAUAGAGAGAUUGGAAAGUAGUUGGCCCAAUCAGCUUUCAGACAUCUUAUAUUAAAUUCACAUCGUAUCAACGCUUCCUCCCCACAAACUAGCCGUUACAACUUGCCAUCUCCCGCUCUCUCUGUUGUUCCCUCUGCUCUCUAUUUCUCCAUCUCUCAAUCUUUCAUUCUCAUGGCGGCUUCUGUGCAUAUGCAAUCAACUGUUCAUGAUAGCGAGAGAUCUCCAAGCUUCAUGGCUACUUCUCCUCUAUUUUUUCCUGCUUCAGAUCUGCGCUUUGGGAGUGCUCUCAAUGGCCAGAUCGAAACCCUUACUGAGGAUAUCAACAAGUCUAUAACUGGCCAGUGUCUUCUCAAUAGUGUGGGAGAAUCGGAGACGGGUCAAUGGCUUAACGAAAAUUCGGUGCUUUUACUAAGUGGGUUUGAUUCAAUUUCCCAUACUCUAUCUCAGUUGUCGAACAGUCUGGACACUGCUCUUCAGAAUUUGGGAGAAUCGGAGAAGGGUAAAGUGCUGAAUGAAGAUUCGAUGCAUUUGCUAAUAGAGUUUGAUUACAUUUCCGAUAAUCUGUAUCAGCUUUCCUACAAUUUAGACAAUGCUCUCAAGGGAGCCAGAGAUCUAGCUAAGCCGCCGCCCACAUUGGCUCAACUACUUGUCAGGAAUAUGAGGAGAUCUGAAGGUCUGAAGCAAAACGAAGAACACAAACAAGAGUCAAAGAAGGGUUUAAAGAGGAAAUAUGAUCCAGAUGUUUGCUCAAACAAUCAAUUAGAUGAUUCCCACCUUAAGAAAAAACAGCAAAGCUGAGAAGAGAAGAAAAAAAGAAACCCCAAAAAUGUUGGUAUUCUGCAGAUUGCAACAGAGGCAAUUUGCUUCGAGAUGACUCUGAUAAAGGGAUUAUACCUGAAGAAGAAGAAGAAGAUGAUCUGGUGAGGCUCCCAUUUGGAAGCAUUGCUUGCAGAGAAAUCAAGGCUAGCGAAUUAUCGCAAAUCUGGUUCGAGAAAAUAUAUGCCUUCAGGAAUUAGUAGAUUACCAUCGAGUAACUUCCCAAGAUGUAUUGCUUCCUAUGAACAAUUAAUACUGAAGCUUUUUCCCAAACACCAUUAGGCAACGAUUUUUUGACUUGUGUUGAUUAGAGCUUCAAGAAAGAUAAGAAAUAGAAGAUCGAUAAGGUUAGAUGCAGAGGAAUUUCGUAACACUUUCAAUGUAAUUGUAUAUGUCUUUUCUACCACACAUGGUUGUAAUAGUAAAAUUUGAUUCUUACACAAUUCCAAGUUCUAUAA